UUUCGAUUAAUUUAGAUCAGUAAGUUUUUUUUUUUACUCAGAAGAAAACAGAUUAGAACAAAAAACAAAAUGUUGAUUCAAGAUCUAUACAACAACAACAGCAUUAUACAUAAUUUCAGACCUUCAAAAUCUGCUCCGUGUUCACCAGUAAAGCCUAUUGGUAACAAAGGGAUCCGAUCAGAACCUUUUCAUGUUACUCAUAAAGUCCCUUUAGGGGAUACUCCUUAUGUCAUCGCCAAAAAUGUUCAGUUAGUGGAUAAAGAUCCAGAGAGAGCAAUUCCAUUGUUCUGGGCUGCAAUUAAUGCUGGAGACAGAGUUGACAGUGCUUUAAAAGAUAUGGCUAUUGUAAUGAAACAGCAGAACAGAGCAGAAGAAGCUAUUGAAGCUAUUAAGUCAUUGAGAAGUCGGUGUUCUGAUCAAGCACAAGAAUCUCUUGACAACAUUCUUCUUGAUUUAUAUAAGAGAUGUGGGAGAUUAGAUGAUCAAAUUGGAGUUUUGAAGCAUAAAUUGCUGUUAAUUCAACAAGGGAUGGCUUUCAAUGGAAGGCGAACUAAAACGGCUCGAUCGCAAGGGAAGAAAUUCCAGCUCUCCAUUGAACAAGAAGCAACUCGUUUACUGGGGAAUUUAGGAUGGGCAUAUAUGCAACAGAACAACUACAUUGAAGCUGAAGAUGCAUACAGAAGAGCACUUUUGAUUGCAUCGGAUAAUAACAAAAUGUGCAACUUGGGCAUUUGUUUAAUGAAACAAGGGAGGGUUUCUGAGGCUAAAGAAACCCUAAGACGAGUGAGACCUGCAACUGUGGACGGCCCGAGAGGAAUUGAUUCUCAUCUUAAAGCUUUUGAAAGAGCACAACAAAUGCUCAAGGACAUUGAAUCUGAAAUCAUGAAUAAGGAUUGUGGAGAAGAUAGAGUUCAACAGAGUCGACUUUUCGAUGCGUUUUUGGGUUCUUCAUCCAUUUGGCAACCUCAGCCUUGCAAUGAACCUACUCUGGUAACCAUAACUAAGAAAAAUAAUCUCCAAGAGGAUUUUGCAGAUGAGAAUUCUAACUUGAACAGAAUGAACAAUCAAGUUCCAGUUCCAGUUCAGAGUAAAAUGAAACAAGCAAUUGCUGGGACCAACUUCCUAAACAUCGACGCACCACCGUUUUACUCAUCGAAAUUGGUGAAAAAUUCAGUGGCAACACAGGCUCAAGAUAAUUUAGGACUUGGUCUUAAGAGAAUCAGGUCUGGCAAUGCGGAAUGCGCCCCAAUUAGAGAAGUAUCGGAUUAUAAAACCCGAAAGCGCUCCCCGGUCAAAGAGGACAGUGAAUGGGCUGAGCUACUCCCUGAUAGUAAUGCAUUUGAGGAAGCUCUAAUGGCUGCAGUGAUAGGAACUACCAAAGAGGCGGUAAAGACAGUAGCAAAUAAUUGCAGUAGUCCUGCCUGCCAGAGAAAGGUUGACAAGAGGCUAAGAGUUUUUGAAGAUAUUACUCUCUCCUUUAGUCCAAGAGCUUGAAAAGCACUUGUUGUUUUUCCUUAUUUAAUCUUUUGCAGUCUGUGUUUAGGAUGGAGAUAAACUUGUUCUCCUCGAAAUAUUCGUGUCCCUGUAGUGAGGGACUGAAGAGUUGUUGUAGUGUUUGUCAGCUGGUAACAGUUUUGUCUGAUCAUUUCUUCCUUAUAUUUGAAGUGAACUUACAUGUAAUGAGAAAGCACGCUGCUAAGCAUCAGCAUUAUUUAUUUUUGGAACUU